UUUCCGCAGGAUCGGAGGACGCGGUGGCAAAAGGCAGUGCAGAACCGGCGUUGUCCAUUUGAACUCUUCCAGGAGUGAACCGACAUGGCUGCGGCUUUUCGGAAGGCGGCUAAGUCUCGACAGCGGGAACAUCGAGAGCGAAGUCAGCCUGGCUUUCGAAAACAUCUGGGCCUGCUGGAGAAAAAGAAAGAUUACAAACUUCGCGCAGAUGACUACCAUAAAAAACAAGAAUACCUCAGAGCUCUCCGGAAGAAGGCGCUUGAAAAAAAUCCAGAUGAAUUCUAUUAUAAAAUGACUCGAGUUAAACUCCAGGAUGGAGUUCAUGUUAUUAAGGAAACUAAGGAAGAAGUAACUCCAGAACAGCUAAAGCUGAUGAGAACUCAGGAUGUCAAAUAUAUAGAAAUGAAAAGAGUUGCAGAAGCUAAGAAAAUUGAAAGACUAAAAUCAGAGCUCCAUCUGCUGGAUUUCCAGGGGAAGCAACAGAAUAAGCAUGUGUUCUUUUUCGACACCAAAAAGGAAGUUGAACAGUUUGAUAUUGCAACUCACCUGCGUACGGCUCCGGAACUAGUGGACAGAGUCUUUAAUAGACCCAGGAUAGAGACAUUGCAGAAGGAAAAAGUGAAAGGAGUCACUCAUCCGUCUCGACUUAAGCGAAUAGCUAAAGAAAGGGAAAAGCAAUAUAACUGCCUGACACAGCGGAUUGAGCGAGAGAAGAAAUUGUUCGUUAUUGCACAGAAAAUUCAAACACGCAAAGAUCUUCUGGAUAAAACUCAGAAGGUGAAGGUGAAGAAAGAAACAGUGAACUCCCCAGCUAUUUACAAAUUUCAGAGUCGUCGCAAACGUUGACAUAUUAUAGAUAAGCCUUGUCUUUCUGAAUCAAAAAUAAUUGUUUUCCUAGUAACUUAAAUCCCUUUAGUCCAAAUAGUUUUCCUGUUUGUAACCAUAAUUUAUCGUCAGUCUAGCAUUUGAUAUCUUUUUAUGAACAACAUUAUAUCCUCUUCCCUUCUGGUACUGUU